CCGCUAAUUUUGCCUGUCACACACAGACACACAACUUCAUUGUCUGUAGUACUCCACGUGUAUAAUUAUUUCAUUAGCCCAUUGACAAAAUGUACACCAAAUGAGGUAAGAUCUACUAUAGAAAACCGCCUUAUAGUUUGAACUGCAUGCCUAUACACUACGCACAAAGGUUAAUAGUAUGUAAAUAUCAUAAGAGCCUAUAAUAAUAUAUGGUAUGGUAA